AAAGACAUUCUCGGACUUCACUCCAACACAGUGACUCAAUAGAACUCAGCUCUGCCAUGAAGUCCGCUGUUCUUUUCCUCUUGGGCAUCAUCUUCCUGGAGCAGUGUGGAGUUCGAGGAACCCUAGUGAUAAGGAAUGCACGAUGCUCCUGCAUCAGCACCAGCCGAGGCACGAUCCACUACAAAUCCCUCAAAGACCUCAAACAGUUUGCCCCAAGCCCCAAUUGCAACAAAACUGAAAUCAUUGCUACACUGAAGAACGGAGAUCAAACCUGCCUAGAUCCGGACUCGGCAAAUGUGAAGAAGCUGAUGAAAGAAUGGGAAAAGAAGAUCAGCCAAAAGAAAAAGCAAAAGAGGGGGAAAAAACAUCAAAAGAACAUGAAAAACAGAAAACCCAAAACACCCCAAAGUCGUCGUCGUUCAAGGAAGACUACAUAAGAGACCAUUACUUUACCAACAAGCACCCUGAAUCUUAAUGGGUUUUAGAUUGUACUGAAAAGCCUUCCCUGGCAGAGCAGCCUUUAAUACAUAGGCUUUUAAUACAUUAACUCAACUACAAAACAUAAAGUGUUAAUUUGAAAUUAUAACUAACUUUAGGAAGUUAAUUGCAAAACUCCAAUAGUAACAAUUGCUAGAGGCAAAAACUCUGUGUUCUACACAGCCAACAAAAUUUCAUCACGCCCUUGAGCCUAGUCGUGAUAACAUCAGAUCUGGGCAAGUGUCCCUUUCCUUCAUAGCUAUCCAAUGCACAACAGCUGUCUGGCUUCCAGAGCCACACAUUUGGCAGCCUCCGAAGACUUCUGAGGCUCACGUCACCAAAUCCCAGGCCUGUCUGUUUGCUGGUGAGCUAGAUAGACCUCACCAAGCUGGAGAGGCCCUCGGCAGCUGCAUUUGGGUCAGCCUAGAGCCCCUGCACACAUUGUGUCUCAGAGAUGGUGCUAAUGGUUUUGGGGUUCUACAGUGGAGACCACCAGAGUUGGCCUUCAGAACCUCCCACGUAGCUUUCGAGACCAUGGGAUUUCAUUAUUAACUUGAUCCCAUCUUCAGAGCUUAUUCUAAGUUUGCCUCUUCAAUAAAACUCUCCUAGAAGGUUGUGGCUGUAGCUUAGUGGCAGAACACUUGGUGUUGCAGGGACCAGGUCCUUCACUAACAGUGCAAAAACUUAACCAAUUUAAAGAACAUUUUCUGGCUACUCAAAUUCUCUUAAAUUUAUUCCUGUUUCACAAGUAAACACUUCGCUGCUAUCUAAUUGGAUUUGUUUGUUUGUUUGUUUUACUUUUUCCAACGAGACGGGUUUUUAAGAGUAGGGACCACAGACUAUUCCCCUAAAUCUUCCACAGUGCCUACAAAAACUUGGUUUUGAAUAAUUUCCUAAUUGUAUGUGUGAGAGGUAGAAAGGCUGUUACACACCAGGCAUUGGCCAAUCCCCGGCUGCUCCAAAUUGCCUAACUAACCUUUGGCCUCCUUGCUUGCUUACCACUUUUUUUUUUUUUUUUUAAAGAAAGUUUUAUAUCUGGCUGUCCUAAAACUCUCAAAGUAGACAAGGCUGGUCUCAAAUUCAUACAUAUCUGUAUUCUACUGCCUCCUGAAUGCUGGGGUUAAAGGUGUGUGCUACUACACCUGAUUGCCUGCCUUCCUUCCUUUCUCCCUCCCUCCCUUCCUUCCUUCCUUCCUUCCUUCCUUCCUUCCUUCCUUCCUUCCUUCCUUCCUUAAAUUAUCUAGCUUUCUUAUUAUCUUCAGACAUCUUCAGCGCACAGAGCCAGACAGGGUGAAAAAGAGCCUUACCUUGUGACAGGAGGCUCGUGUCUUUAACAAACAGGAAUCACAUGUUCAAGACAUUUGCGGAUAUUUGGGACUGCUCAGGAAAAAUUACACAGGCCAUCUAGAAACAUAAGCUUACAUGGAAGACAGGUUUGACUGAUUGGCAAAUACUAGAUCUUUCCUCACUCAAAACAAAAUUCCUCUAAUAUCAUUCUUGAUCAGGACAAGCUCCCUAGGAGUCAACAAAAGAGCUGCCAAAUCCUUUAGCAAGUUUAUCUUAGGUGAAUAUGAAUUUCCUUGCCACCUUCCCUCCCUCAUUGCAGAAAUCCCAGUGUAUGAUUGUAUGGAUUGCCACAUCAGGCUAGGAGUGGUGAAAUGGAAAGAUCAGGGCUGGAGAGGGAGCCAGAGUUCCAUUCCCAGCACCCACCCCCACGUGUGCGUGAGCCUUGUGGCCACCUGUGACUCCAGCUCCAGGGAACCCAUUUCUCUCUUCUGGCCUCUGCAAGCAUUGCACAGGUGUACACAGGCCCCCAUGACAUACACCCAUAAUCUCAGACGGCAAAUAAAAAUCUUUACAGAGAUAUUUUUAAAGGAAUUAAGAGCUACAGGAAGCAGUAAAUUCUGCGAGUGGAAGUGUGGACAGGGCCAAGUUAGCCUGUGUGGGAGCUGGAAACUGCUCUAGAGAGGAGGUCUGAUGAAUUAGAUAGAAAAGAAUGUCUCUGGGCAGAAGUUCCGUCUUGAGCAUGCUUUUUCUCAAAUACUGCCAUUCCUGGCGCUGCAUGCAGGUGGUUUUUGUGCUGCUGGUGGGACUCCCAUCCAAACAACAUUGCACAGUCAAAACGUUGUCCACCUCCCUUCGGUAAUUUACUUUGGAAAAAAAAAAAAAAAGUCUAAAAUUGUUUCCUAACUAGUUAGCUACCCUUGCAUCUGACAGCUGGGUAGUAUGCAUAACGACUAGCCAAAGCCUGUGUAAUUUUUACUAAAUAGUUAUGUUGGAUGCAUAUGCCUACAGUAUGACUUCAUAUGUGUACUCUAAUUUUUAAUUCAAAGCAAAUUAGCAUAUGUGCUCUGAAGCUAUUUCGUGAAAGCGUAGUGAUAUCAGUAAAAGUGCACUAAAUUCCAAAAUAAACAUGUUUUUCAAUGUC